AUGCCGCCAACUGGCGAUGAACAUGACGGUUCGGGUCCGGCUUCGGAGAGAUCGCCUCGACACCAUGCCGGAUUCCAGCCACUCGCUAAGAAAGAGUCACCUCAUUCGGGUCGCGGAGGAGCAAGAAUGAUUAAUGUUGGAACCAAUUGCAGAAGAAUUGUUCUGUCUCCAAAGUUCACUGUGUACCAAUACGCCGUGACUAUCAAUUAUGUCUUCAGCCGCCCAGGAGGAGGUGAAGUAACCAUUCCAAUUUCGAAGUCCAACAAAAUGGACAAAGAGCAUGAAAAGGACAAAAAUAGAUGCAGGAGUGUAUACACAAAAGCGAUGAGCAGCUACGUGAAUCUGAAAAAUGGUGGAACAUUGUUCUAUGAUGGCCAAGGCAUUCUCUGGAGCUUGUCGGAACUGGAAAAUGAGAAUAUCUCGCUGAUCAUCACUGAAGGAAUCAGCAAACGACCAAAUUUCAUUCGUGCCGAGUUCAAGUUGAACAAGAUUCUUGGCUCCGGUGAGCUUUCCUCCGACGACGUUUGGAAAUCAGUUCAUCAAUGUCCUGGCGAGGCGGAUAAGUCGAUUCAUCAAGCAAUCAGCACUAUGAUUGCAGAAGGGCCUAAUUCAAGAUUGAGUGUGCUAGAAGUCAACAACACAACCCACUAUCUCAUGAAGGGCAAUAAUCUUCCAAUUCAUCUUGAAAAGUUCCCAGAAGGAGAAAUCUCGUCAGCUGUCGGAGUCACGAAAUCAAUCAAAACAUUGGAGGGAUUUGACGGAAACCCAAGUCUUUUCAUGACAAAUGACAUCAAAGUCUCGCUUUUCCACCCUAAUCUUUGUUGGCCACUUAUAAAAGUAUUCUCGACUUUUAAUGGAUUCCACUGCAGAUUGUCAGCUGAAAACAGCGUCGCGCGCAAAAUUUUCGAACACCACAAAAACUGUUAUGUUGUUCUGGACUACGGAGAGUUUAAACAUCUCGGAGUCGAUGGAUCUGUUAUGAUGAUUAAAGGAUUCGCUGCGAGCGCAAGGAAUCAAGAAUUUCAACAAGACAGCGGAUUAAUGAUCUCUGUCUACGACUACUUCCGCAGCCGUCACAAUAUUGAGAUCCAAUACCCUGAUCUCUUCACUGUCGCUGCUGUAUCUCUUAAUGCAGAAAGACGUGUAUCGUACUUCCCGCCAGAAGUCCUUCGAUUGGCUCCGGAUCAGAAGGUAUCGAAGGAAAGAAUGACAAAAGAAGAGGAGAGCAGACUGAUCAGGAUGAAUGCAUUGAAACCUGAGCAGCGUAUGGAUAUCGUUGACAGGAUCGUUGAACAAGUGGGAUUGACCAAUGAAGUAAACCCAGAUGUCUUCAGAAUCGAGCAACCGAUGAUUGUCCCUGCAGUCGUUCUUCCAGCUCCACAUCUCAACUAUUCAUCAAACAACAGUAGACAUUUUGUGGAACCAAAGAAGCUAACGAACUGGGAAAUCGUAUUUCUCAAUGAUGAAACUUGUUGGGACGUCGGUGAUAUUCUGAUGAAUGAAAUGUUUGAAUGUGGGAUGCAAGUGGAACCACCAAGUUUCUCUCACAUCAGAAAUAAAGAUGUUCACAGCAUCUUCACAAAUGCGAUGAGAACAGGAAAGCAACUGCUCUUCUUUGUUCUCAGUAAACAAACUGCUUACCACGAAUUCAUCAAAGCAUGCGAGCAGAGAUAUGAUAUUCUCACUCAGGAAAUUAACUUGGAAAAAGCUCGUACCCUGGCAAGACAGGCGAGAACCCGGAGAAAUAUAGUCAAUAAAACCAACAUGAAACUUGGAGGAUUGAACUAUAAUAUUGGCUCCAACUUCUUGAAUGAAGAGAACAUUCUCGUCCUCGGGUUCUCACUCUCACACACUGCUUAUGGAGAGUCGGAGGUAGUGUCAGUUGGAUUUGCUGGAAAUAUUCUGGAUAGAGCUCACAAAUUCUGUGGAGGAUUCUACUACACAAAAAGAACCAAAGACAUUUUCGGAGAUGUCAUCUACGAUGUACUGAAGGAUUCGCUCAAGACUGCCCGUAAAAAUAGGGCGAUGAAGGCCGAGAAGGUCGUGAUCUACUUCAAUGGGAUCGCAGAGAGCCAGUUGGCAACUGUGAACGAGGUGUACACUAAGAAGUGUCUGGAAUGCUUCGCUUCGCUCAAAGCGUCAUACGACCCUGAACUAAUUGUCAUGGCAGCGACCAAGAUGCACAGCACAAGGCUCUUUGACUCGUUUCAGGGGAGAGUGUGCAACUUGAAGCCGGGCACCAUCGUCGACACAGCUAUCGUCUCUCCCGUGUACAAUGAGUUUUACCAUGUGGGAGCCAAUGCCAUCCAAGGAACUACUAAACCCACGAAAUACACAGUCAUUCAUUCGUCGAAGAGAGUUGAUAUGGAAUACUUGGAAGAGCUCACGAACAGUCUCUGCUAUGACCAUCAAAUCAUCGAGAGUUCGAUCAGUCUUCCAGUUCCUCUCUUCAUCGCUUCCGACUGUUCGGAGAGAGGAACCGCAGAUCUGAAGUAUUGUGAUGAGUCACUCUUCGAAAAUGGAGAAUUCCAAAAGGAGAAAAUUAACGACAUGUUCACCUACAAGUACAAGAAACUCAAAGAAACUCGUUUCAACGCUUAA